UACCGUCUAUAUGAACAGUUGUAAAGCGACAGCCCAUAAAUAUACAAGCAAAAUGAGCCAAACAGCUACAAUCCCUCCAUGUGCGAUGGAAAAUCUGAAAUGCUCUAUAUGUAAAAGAUACCUAUCUGUACCUCCUGUCAGUGGCCCGAAAGGCGAAUAUACUUGCGGUAGAUGUCGCCCUAACGAAGAAUCACUUGGUCCUUAUGAAGAAAUCGCCAAAUACAUCUUAUUCCCCUGCAGUAAUAAAGAUUGCAGAGCUACCCUAGGAUGGGGUGCAGUGAAAGAUCACGAGGAUUCCUGCCUAUUUGGACUCAGAAAAUGUCCUGUUUUGGGUUAUUCAGCUCUCUUCGUUUUCAAUAAUACCAACGUCUUACAUCACUUUGAAAAGAAACAUCAGUCUUCUCUUCAUGACGGUCAGUGCGAUAUACCUUUGCCGCUCUAUAAUCGAGCAACGGAGGAACCUGAACUGGCAGUGCACCAUCUUUCGAGCAGGGCCAGGCAGUAUUUGGUCUUCAUCAAAACUACAGUCAUCGCAUGGCCUAUGCAUAAGCUUAGCUUCGGUGUGGUUUCGCUACCAAAUUCUGAUCGGCACCUGCAUAAAAUGCACUAUACUGUACGUCUGAGUUCAUCUUCAGCCACGAAACGGGGAUCUCGGAUAAGUCAUUAUGACAUAGACAAGCAUUGUUCACAUUGCAUCGUUGGAACGUGUAGCAAAACCAAGCAUCAUGGAAAUCAUUUCUUGAAUGUAGAGUUUGAAGAUAUCGACGCUGAUUGUUAUAGUGAAGUCAAGUGCAUUGUUAAUGUAGGAAUAACGGAAGAAGAGUCUACGUGUUCUGUAUGUUAAAUAAUAAUAGUAAUAUUUUUUUUUUAUUCACUCAAUGUACAAAGAUAACAAACAAUAUGAGUAAAUAAAUAUAAAAUCAAAACAGGCCCAAUAGAAGGCAUCGCCUGUACAUGGACCAAUAACUUAAGUUGAAACUGUAGAAUGCAAAUGACAAAAAAGGACAAAAAUAAGCUACAGUAGAUUAUGUAUUUAGUUGAUGUUCGUAUUUAUGAGUUUAUGAAUUUCAGUCCUAGAUAUAGAAUGUAGCCAUUUUUUAAAUUUCUUUUGAAACAAUUUCCGAAACGUAAAUCUUUUAAGUCUUUAGGUAUAAUUUCAUAAAAUUUAGGCGCUAAAUAGAGGUAUGAUCGCUGCAUUAUAGAUUUAUGCGGUUGAAUAACUACUGUGCCACGAAUUUUGUACCUGGUAUAAUGAUUAUGUUUAAUUUUUUGGUCGGUGUUUACAAAUUUAUGGUAGUGAGUGAUACUGUGUAAGAAAUAAAGCUGUCUUAUAUCAUACAUUCGAACAUCUGCGUAUAAUUUUUCAGUGGGGUAAAGUUUCGGUUUUUUAAAUAUCAUUUUUAGAAUACUUUUUUGAAAAACAUCUAAAUUAUAGAUAUGUGAGGAACAUGCAGCUCCCCAGCUAAUAUACCAUAUGUGAGAUGAGGCUCAAUCAGUGCAUGGUAUAAUGUUCGAAGAUAUUUUUCUGUCAAUAUAUUCCC